CUGGUAAGUGUGCAUUAGAUCUGCACUGGGCACUGCCAGUUGGCGCGUCCGUCGAUGAAGCCGUUACCGGCGUGAGUCUCAUCAUGCCUCUCGACAGACAACCGACACAAACACUUAGUCUUCUCUCACACAUAAAUGUUUCACCCACACACCGCCAGCCAAUGGUCCUCUCUCGCGCUUUCAGUCAGGUCAGGACGAACCUGGCCAUCUCAGGCGCCCCUCCCUCUGUGUAGAGGUCCGCCAGCUGCUGCUUGAUGGCCGACCAUGGUACGUACACGGGACCCUCCCCGCCGGUCUUGGACUUGAGCCCAAACAUCAUCGCAUCCAUCAGCCUGCAGCAAUACAGGCAGGCAACAAGGGCAAUCAGCGAACAGCGUAUCCCGGUCUCUCCUCUGUGUCAUUUGCACCCACCAUGCGGCCCUCUCGAGCGCUACGACGUACUUAAGCUUGCGGCCACGCUGGAUCUCCUCUGUGCGGGGAUCCUGCACAUGUGCAGACGCGUGAGUGUGGUAUCUAUCGUCUGUGUGUGUGUAUGUGGGUGUCGGUGAUCCCCCCACCCACCCUGGAUCGCCUGAGGAAGCUGUCUCUGUACUCGUCAUAGGACCUGUCCGCAGCAAGAUCCACCGUACGGCGCAACUCCUACACACACAUAUCAACAUCACAGGUAGAGCAUAUAUCUUCCUGCACGGCUGUCUGGUUUGCUCCCUCACUGCAUCGUCUGCUGCAGUGGUCCAGAUGGGGAGUUUGAGAGCGACCUUCGCGGCAUCUCUGGCGACCUCGGUGUUGCCCCUGUGUGUGGCCAUGAGGUCGGCGUGGUAGGCCAGCGGCCGACCCCACCCCUUGACCUCCUUGUAGUACUUCUCGCUCGCCACCAUCGCACUGUACGUGUCACCUGCACACACACACACACACACAGACGUCGAUGGAUGGAGAGAAAUGCCACAUGAGUGCGCUCUCUUGCCCCCCCGCCGCCCGCCUGACUGCCGGCGGACCUUUUGCCAGGUGCAGGUCCACCAGUGCCUCAUAGACAUCAGGAAACCUCCCCACCCUCUUGAGAGCCAGAUAUCUCGGCAGCCCCAGACCCAGACGAUGCACGUCACCCAGCUCAUACCCCUCCCCCUCAUUCAGCAGGCUGUUGACCAGCUGAACCGUCUCACCCGCCGUCUCAUCCCCACGCAAAUCCUCCUCUACCGCAAACCGCUUCAUCAGCGACCGGAUGUCGAACGACACGAGCGACACGCCAGAAGGGCCGGGCCUCACGACCGGCAGCGGCAUGUCCUCUGGCGCACUCGGCCACUUGAGGAGGCCCAGGUAGGACGACGGAUUCGACUCAUCUGCAGACGUGUUGCGGGCGAGGGGGAUGAAGAAGGGGUGGAAGUUGCCCCGUGAUGGCGAGGGGGAAACGACCUCAUACCCUCUCCUCUGCAGCAGGCUGAUGAAGUGCGGCAGCUCCUUGGACGGCAGGGUGGCCUCAGGGACUGCUGCAACGUCUCUGAGGAAGGUGAGAUGCUCAUCUGCGACGCUGCUGUGGGAGGUGGAAGCGACGGCUGGCGGUGCAAGCUGGUCUUGGGCGUUGGUAUCGAUGGCAUGAGUCGCCGAGAAGCGCCGAGGCCUCGGUCGGGCUGUGGAAUGAGAUCUAAGUAGGAAGGUGAAUGAAGGACACCACGAGAGGCACUUGAAGACGAAGAAAAGCCAGAUCCGCCUUCUCCAUGGCUUCUCCCGUCCCCAGCCAGCACUCUCCAUGGCAG